AUGAAAUUGUGGGCGCUUGUGGGUAUUUUGAUUCAGUCUUUGCUUGACAACGCCUCCCCAGCCUCCGUCGAGCAACUGACCUCCGAAUCGACUUCCGUCGCAUGCAACGGCUAUGCUGGCUACUGCAAUCGAAGUGUGAGCCAAGUCCUGUGGAUGGGAGCCCACAACGCACUCACAGACGCUGGGUUUGCCCUGCAGCGCAAUCAAUUCGUGAGUGGCCCAGCCUUGCUCGACGCUGGCAUUCGGUACUUGGACAUCGACACUUGUGCGUAUGUGAAGCAAGGCAAGCGUACCGCUCCAAUGGUUUGCCACGGCAGCGAAUGGUACCUCGCGCAAGUAUACCAGUCCGCACUUGCCGGACUCGUGCCCAUCAUGGAGUGGCUAGUUCGACAUCCUCGCGAAGUGAUCAUUCUUAACUUUGGCGACAUCUCCGACUUCGAAGCAGUCAACUCGCACGGCGUCGCCACUAGCACGCUGACGUUACGGGAAGAACUUCGAGCUGUUGUGCGCCAAGUAUUUGGAUCGAUGGCCAUCUGGCGCGGCGAGCCGUUGGAUGCCGCUGUAAACGCCAAUAGAGCGACGUUGAGCGACCUCAUCGCAGCAAAUCGACGCGUCGUGGUGAACAUUGGCAUUAGUCGAAGCGACAACUCGAACGCAUGGGGGCAGAGCGACCGAGUUUGUCGUGAAGCUUGGUACCCUGAUCCCCUUGACUGGAACGACAUGCACACCGACUACAAUUGGGCUCCUGUCAUGGACGCGGUGGAGGCCACGAUGCGCAGUCCGUGCGCCACGGCCCCUCAGCUCCUCAACAAAUUGGAGUUUCAGUUCCACAACUCGUUUGGUGGUUCAGUGGAUGCUGCGUCGGUCGGCAUCGUGCUCAAUGAAUACAUGGCGUCAUUGGAGCAUCGAAAUGGCCCAACGUCGCGGUCGCCAUAUUUCCCCUUCAACUUAAUUCUCACGGACCACGCAGACAAGUGGCGAUCGUAUCAUGCAGAGUGGCAUCGACGUCAAUUGUCUUUCCAACCCGGCAACUAGACAUACAAAGAUGUGCCAUUCUGCUCUCUGCUGUUCACAUAGUGUCACGACAAUUCGAGUCUGUAUGAGAGCAACC